UACAAGUUGGUCCCCUCAUAUUUACAGAAUAAGUAUAAGUGAAUUUUAAGAAAUAAACAGUCCGACGGAACGGUGUAAAUGUAUCUAUUAAAUAUUAACAAACUACAAAAUCGUCUCCACAGGUAGUACCUACACGAUUUUACUUUGAAGUUCGAGGUUCAUUUCCUGUUCUGACGGUUAAGCUUCCGUUUGAGCGGGCUUUGACCGGAGGUUAAUCUCUAGAAGGCGCGCACCGAGUUUUACCCAGAGAUAUUUGUUCCUCACCGGUACCGACAGAAAACGACAGAGAAGACCUGCAGACCUGUCUUUUGUGCUUCUGGUUCUAAGUCAUCAACGCCCAAGGAUACAAUUGUAAGUAUUCAAUUUGAAGUUAAGAAUGUGAGCCACACAUUACACAAAUAUGACAAUUUAUAUGUAUAAAAGUAGUCCUAUCUACUAAGCUAGCAAGACUUGUCGGGAACUUACUGAACUUGUGUGAUGUAAAGUUUUGAUGAUACAUGGCAGUGUGUUAUUUUUUUAGUGUGUUAAUCAUGUAAACUCUAAUUUCAACAUCCAGGUAAACCAAUCUGUUGGAGCAUCCUCAUCCUCCUUGGCAAAUUUAAAACCGAAUCUUAGACUACCCCACUGGAAUAUCUUCUUCUAGUUUUGCUAGGUAGCUGCUCCUAAUAUGACUUGGAACUAAGGAUUGCUGCUGUUGACUCCGAAGAGGUUCCUACAAGUGAGACAGAAUUGAGACUACUCAUUGUGCAAUGGCAGCUGAACCUUCAGAAAUGAUCCUCCGUGUCAUUGAGGCAGACCGUGUUAUAAAAUUAAAACUCAGCUCCCGGCCUAGCUCUGUUGACCAACUAAUCAACAUUUUGAAACACAAACUAGAAUUGGACAAUGACUUUAGCUUACACUAUGAAGAUCCAGAUUUUGAUGGGAAACUCACUUCACUAGUGGACAUUAACGAGUUGCCACAAAAAGCUGUUGUGCAUAUUUCCCUUUCAAAUGAUUCCAGCGCUGUUGCAUCAACUGAAACACUCUCAAACAUGUCAACACCGGAACGUCUUAGCAGAUGGCCUUCAGGUCCUUUUCCGAUUCCAUCGUUUUCAUUUGUUGUUGAGGUAAUGCUUACAGAAGGCAAUAGGGAAUUUGAGAAAAAUGGAACCCCUCUUCGGCUGGCUAGAGACCAAAAGCAUGACAUUCUUGAGCAACUUGCUUCUACGAUAUAUGGUUUUAAGGCUUACCCAAGUGACAAAGAGUUAGCUAAGGCAGCUGAAGCUCUUGUGGCCAAACAUCCAUGUUUAAAGGAAGCAGGAUCUGACACUGGAUGGAAUGGCUGGAAAAACAGCAUCAAGUUUAAAAUGGGUAACUACAGGACCAAGAUGAGAAGGGUCGGCUGUAAAGAGGUCACCGUAAAUGCUGGAAAAAGAAGCCGAAGAAACCCUGACAAUGAACCUUCACACACUAACAUCAAAAGGCCCAAGCGGGCAGAAGUUAACUUUCUGCCAAACUUUCCCCAAGGAGAAGAUUCCUCAAGUCUCGAACAUUUGAGGGAUCUUAUUGUUGAAGAAGUAAAGAAGACUGAGAGAAACCUUCCUCUCAUUAGUAAGAUGAUGCAGACCACAUUCGCCUUGCGGCGACAGACAAUAGUGAUGUCCUGCCCACCAGUGAAACAGCUCUUGGACCUGUGGCCUGCUCUUCGCAUGCAGUCUGAGGUGUUUGCAGAGUUCCAGCGGAUAACUAACCAGAACCUGUCUAACACAUUCUAUGCCGAACUUGAUCGCCACACUCCUCGUUUGAUGGCUUUAUUCCGACAAAAGGCUUCUAGAACUGGAAAGAAUGCAGAUGCUUUGGCUGAAAUUUUCAGUCCAUGA